CCCCUCCUCUUCUCCACUUCAAAGCUGCUCCUGCGGGCUCCGUCCUCUUCUUCUGUCCGUCUGCUGCUUCCACGCGUCCCGCACAGCGAUGCCUCGAGGAUUCUUGGUGAAACGGAACCGCAGAGGUGCGGUGUUCUACCGCUCCCAGAACACCGGGGAUCGACCCGGAGCCACUGAGAGCGCCCCCAAUGAAGCAGCACGCGCGGAGAAGCCCGGAGGAGAGUCCCGCCAAGAGUGCGACGCGUGGAUCCCGCGCGUCGAGCCCGCGCUGGAGGCGGAGGCGGAUGCGGAGCGGCGCGCGCAGCUGCCGGACACCGGGGAGCAGGUGAGCGUGGUGGACGUUUUGGGUUUGGACGGUGACCUGUCCUGCUUCUACCCGCCCCCGCCUCCACACGACGUGACGCUCAUCGAGUCCUGCAGCCCCGUGAAGCCCGUGAGCGCGAGGCUGCUGGAGCAGCAGAAGCACGUCUCCUUCACCGGGAGCUGCCCGGUACCGGAGGCGCCGGACCUGCCGUUUCUGGGCAGCCCCGCACCUCCCGCCAUCCCCGCGUCUAUAGAGAGACUCCUGGGGAACGGCAGCCGCCCCUUCACGCAGCCCUGCGGUCUCACCGACAACUACGAGCUUUCACGCAUGCACCUGUUCCCGCCACUGACUCUGGUGACGCAGGAGCAGCAGCACGCGGCGCGAAAGCGCGCGUUCCUGCAGGAGCCGCACAGCAAACACCACAGCAAGCAGAGCAACCCGUCCAAGAAGCCCAAAGUCAACCGGAAGCUUAACUUUGAGGAUGAGGUCACCACCUCCCCGGUUCUGGGUCUGCGCAUCAAGAAGGAGAGUCCUGAGGUGAGGAGGCAGCGGGAAUCCACCCCCACGGGUGCGCAGCCGCUGGGGGAGUUCAUCUGCCAGCUGUGCAAAGAGGAGUACCCCGACCCCUUCUCUCUGGCGCAGCACAAGUGCUCCCGCAUCGUGCGCGUGGAGUACCGCUGCCCCGAGUGCGACAAAGUUUUUAGCUGUCCCGCAAACUUGGCCUCUCAUCGGCGGUGGCACAAGCCUCGCCCCGUGAUCAGCCAGGGGGGAGAACCCAACCGGACCCCCCCGCUGAAGGAGCCCCGCGCGCUCCUGCAGCAGGAGGAGGGCAAGGAGAACGAGCUGCUGCGCACCAACCAGCACCACGGAACCGCGGACAGCUCCCGCAGCAGCAGCAGGCGCGAGCCGUCCCUGCUGCUGCUCCACGCGCGCUCCCGGGACAGCCCCGAUCGGAACCCGUACCGGAACCCCUCGGAGAGGUGCGGGGAGCUGCAGCCGCCGCAGAUGAGAGCCGCAGACAGCCCGCCGUCCAGCCUGCUGCUGCGGAACGGAAACCCGCACGAGCCGCCCCCACCGUCCCUCACGCACGCCCCGUUCAUCCAAACCCUCACAGAGGAUGAAGUGUACGAGUGCCGCUACUGCGGGAAGAAGUUCCGCCGACAGGCGUACCUGAAGAAGCACCUGGUUACGCACGAGCUGUCCCCGCCCCCGCCGUCAUUCACCCAGGAGGUGAACGGCAGCCAGAGCCAGCAGGUGUUCCUCUGUCACCUGUGCGGCGCGCGCUUCCCGUCCGUGGAGAUCAGGGACAAGCACCGGCUGUGGCACGCCAUGCGGGACGAGCUGCUGGUGGAGACGCUGCGGGGACGCCGGGCGGACGUUUUUCACGCGCACGCGGACGAGAGCGGCGCCGGCGAGGGCCAGCAGAUCUUCACGUGCAAGUACUGCCCGUCCACGUUCUUCAGCUCGCCGGGACUCACGAGACACAUCAACAAGACGCACCCCACGGAGAACCGGCAGGUGAUGCGGCUGCAGAUGACGGUGCGCCCGUGAAGCGCGCGCCAGCCCAGUCGGUAUUCAUUCUGUGACUGUUUUACUUCACUUUAAAAACUCUAAUGUUUUAAUAAACUUUGGUUUUGUAAAAUUUUAAAGUUAAUUUGAACCCAUAAGAAAAGUUUACGUCAUAAAACAAAGAAAAAACGGGAUUUUAUGGUAUUUUAUCACAUGAAGGAACUGUCCAGAGUGCUGAAACGAAACACUCCAAUCCCUCCAAACAUUUGCAGCGAAUAUUCUCAGUCCUGAAACACUUAUUAGAUUAUAUAUGAGGAUAAAUACUGCACUGUAUUUAUGACCUGCUUAUUUUUAAGAUGAUUAAAUGGUGGAAAAAACAAGAAAACACUAUUUUAGUGACAGCUUUAGGCUCUCCUGCACACAGAUUCCUCACAAUCAACACAAGGACAACAAAAUUUAUGAAAAUUAAUUUUAUAUCUGAAUAUAUUCAAGCAGAAAAAUGUUGAAGGGCUUUAACAGUCAAAUAACUCCACCUCAACAUUUGAUUUUACAACAUUUUAAGGUUGCUGGUUAAAAAGUAUCGUCUUCAUUGUUUUUUUUUUUUUUUGGUCUACAUAUUUGCUAAAUGCCUUUAACUUUAGACUAUAUCUGGUUCUAUGAAGCCUGUACAGUGAUAUUUUAAUAUGUUUGACAGUGGAUGUGGAAUUUAUUCUGAGUGUUGUCAAUAAACAUGUGAAAUGAACGCCGCCUCUCUUUAAAAAAAAAAAAGAAAAACGAGCUUUGAGAAUCAGGCAGCCGCCACAGGUAAGAAUCAUUUAUUAUCAAGGUCCAUCAUCACACCUGAAACAGAUGUUCCACCUUUACAGAGCAGGUUCAGUUUGUGUGGAGUGUGUGAGUGUGUCGUGUUCUUUCAGCUGCUCAGGACAUGCAGUUGGGGGCUGAGCUGAAGUCAUGCAGUUUGGACAUCAGUAGUGAUGCAACCGUUUGUCCUCCAACACACACACAUACACACACACACACAGAUUUGGCCUUUAUAACAUAUGGGGUGGUUUUUGAUCUUGCAGCUUUACUCGGAGAACUUAUUUUCUCUUCAUCAAACACAGUGAAGACACAUGUCAGCUCAACAGCAGUUUUUGUCUUUACAAUAAAAAAAAAGAAAAGCUUUGGAAAACUUGCACAGACUUUUGGUUGCUGCCUUUCAGAGAUCUUAAAUAAAACUGAACUUUUUCUUUUUUUUUAAGGAAUAUUUACAAGUUAUAAAACUAUAUAUUCAAUAAAUCAUUAAAGCAUCAUCAAUUUGUGUCCAAAAUCGGAAAAGCAUAAACAGGUUUUUGAUGUUUAUGCGCUGAGAAGAAGAACAGGAGUCAUCAGUUGUGUUUACAGCAGGGUCAGAACCGGCCCGGGAGGCAACGGGGCCGCAAAAAACAAACAAAAACAGUCCAACUUCAGCAAUGACAACUGCUACAUCAACAGCUAAAAAA